AUGGUCAAGAAUGCGAAGAUGAAAUCCAGCGGUGAAAUCACCAUUCGCUCUGAAGACGUGCUACAUGAUGCCUCGAGGAAUCCGAGAACCACAAAAAAGCCGGCAUCGGCUAAGAAGCGGCCGGCAGCGGCUAUGAAGCGGCCCGCUUCAGCUGCUCCAGAGUUGCCCGCGCCGCACCCUGCUGCAGAGCACAAGCCCUUGCUGGGAGGCGCGUCUGUGCGUGGGCUUCGGAUGCGGCUGAGCUAUGCCAGCGAUUGUUCUGGCCUCGAUGGUGGAGCGCUGGCGCUGAAAAGCCUCGGCCUGCAAUUUCAGCACCUGUGGGCUAGCGAGGUGAAUGCUAAUUAUCGGACGAUCUUGGAGAAGACGCACCCCGAGUGCGCGACAGUGUAUCCAAACGUCUGCGAGCGUUUGCCAAGCGCUCUGGACUUUGUGGCCAGAAGAGACCCCGAGCAGCUGCUGAUUUAUAUGGCGGGCUUUCCCUGCCAGCCUUACUCCCCCAGCGGAGCACGCCGAGGCGCGCUGGACAGCCGAAGCAGGCCUCUGUGGGCUGUGCUUCUUGCCAUCGAUAGUGCCCGACCGGAUGUCUUUCUGUUGGAGAAUGUGCCGAAUUUCGCGGAGGACGCGAGGCACCGUGACAUGGCUAAAGACUGCCUACAGUUGCUGAUGGGCAUUGGGCACGGUCACUACUACGUGGACUACAAAGUGCUUGACGCCUACACGCAUGGUGUGACCGACACAGGCCUUCGCAACCUUGCUGAUGCCAUGGACCUCAUCCGCAAGAAAUGGCCAGGGAAGAAUCCUGCGACGGAGUGCUUCGUGGUAGAUCUCAAGAACAGCCAAAGUUUCGGGGUCCAUGUCUGCUACGACAAGUUUGGCACCAUCACCAAGAGUCACGCAGGCGAUCUAUGGCUCACGCAUCUGCAGGAUCUGGCUCGGCCCUCUGAGGUGCUGGCUGCGCAGGGCAUUCAGCGAAGCAUGUUGCCUCGCGACGCCAGUGACAAGCAUCUAUUUGAGAUGGCCGGCAAUGCCUUCUGUGUGCCGGUCGUUGCUAGGAUUCUGCGGGCAGUGCUGCCAGCCAUUGGCUUCAAAGUGUAA